CCUGGUUCCGCCCAUGAACCUCCUCCGUGACACUCACCACCGAGGAUAAACUCCCCCUUGGCAACCAUCCAUUCCGCGCCCCGCCUUAUCCUCCCCUCAUCUCCCGUACCCAAAAAAAAACGCGCGCUCAAGCCAUCCCAUCCAGUUCCACGGUUCCACCCCCGCCGGCCACACUCGUCUCUCUCACGAGCCACAGCCCACAGCAGGCUAGCUCUCUAGCCAGUCCAGUCCACGCAGCGCAGGGAUGGCGUCGUUCGCCGUGGCAACGGCCCCGUCGCUAGCGGCCCCGGCAGCCAAGAGGAGGCCCGCCGCCGGCGUCACGUACGUGGAGGGCAUGAAAGCCUACAGCGGCCUCAAGGGGCUCAACAAGGUGACCAUGCUCGGGGUGCGCAAGACCGCCGACUACUCCUUCGCCAAGGUCGUGGCAUCGCUCAGCCUCGCGGGCAGGAAGCGGCGCGGAGGAGCGUUCGGCGCCCAGAUGAGGUUUUACGCUUACACAGUGGUGACGGUUGCACCACGUGAGCGAGCGCAGCGAAGCCAACACAACUGCCGGCGGACAAGUGUCCCCAUAGACGAGAUCCAUGGCGGAGCGCCGGAAGAGCGUCUCCUCCGUGCUGUUUGCUUCGGCGCGCGCCGGGAGGGGAUAAUGGCAGCAGUGAGCUCGGUCUCUAUUCUGCCCCUCGCGUCGCUGAGGCCUCUUCCGUUGAGGCGUGCUGCUAGGAAUGUGUUGGAGGGAGGAGGGAGAAGGGCUUCGAGUCCCCUGCUCCUCGCGAGGUAUGGGCUGUGGCGCGGACGCCCGGCUGCUGCUGUGGGCGGCGAAGCAGAGUUGGCCCUCGAAGAUGCGGAUGCCGCGAUGAGGGUGGCCGCCGACGACGACAGCAUCACGGCCACGGUGGUGUCCGUGCUGCUCACACUUGCGUUCGUCGGCCUCUCCAUCCUCACCCUCGGGGUGAUCUACCUGUCGGUGCAGGACUUCUUGCAGAAGAGGGAAAAGGAGAAGUUUGAGAAGGAGGAGGCCGAAAAGCAGAAAGAGGAGGCGAGGAAGAAGAGGGCUAAGUCGAGGCAGAAGAGAAGAAAUUAUUGAUCUCAGGAUGAACUACCCCCACCAAUGUGACCAUUUCUUCUUCUUUUCCACCAUGUUUCUUGUAAUAGCAAUGAUUUUGUAUGUAGUGUUGCACCUUUGGUAUCACAUUGUGGUUUUCCUUCACUCCAUUGUCGGCUCUUAGAUGCUGUAACACUGAACUCCAUUGCCGGCUCCAUUGCCCGGGGUUGUGCUCACGCCAUCAGUUUUGGAGUCUCUUGGAUGCUGUAACACUGAACUCCAUUGCCGGCUCCAUUGCCCGGGGUUGUGCUCACGCCAUCAGUUUUGGAGUCCGGAGGAGGUAAGACACUCACUAUUCUCGUUUUCCCCAAAAUAGAACAUCUCUUCCAACAUUGUUACUGUCCAGUUGUACAUAUUGUCAAAAUCCAUCAGAAAUAUCUAACUGACUCUUGUUAUCGAUAGCUCUCCUACUCGAUUUGUUAAAUAUCUAACUGUCUGUUGAUAUAUGCAGGGAGGAAAAGCAGGGUAGCCAGAAUCUCUAUUGGCGUCGCCUGUUUCAUUGUGUUCAUGAUGAUCCUUUCAGUAAUAGGCCUUUUUAGGAAGUAAAGGAAACGUUUGUGCUCUGGUUUCUGCAAGAGGUUUGCACAUAAACAAUUUUUUAUUGCUGUCUAGGCUCCAACCUUUGGUUGAUAAACACUCACAAUAAGUAACGAAGGAAUAAGAAUAAAUGAUGAGAGAUAUAAGAAUAUGAAAAUGAAUAAAUGAUGUGACAGGUUGUUGUAGAGCAGCAUGAUCUAAGUGAAUGCAUAACUCUACUCUUAUAUUAUAUCAUUCCUCUCAAUCCAUGUCUUUUAAUUGGUGAAUCAUUUUAGGUUUCUUUUAUGCUUUAUACAUGCUUACACAGACCUGUUUUGACAAGAGACCGAGCAGCGAUGCUUCCAUUUCGGACCACGACCUAGCUAAAGGCUAAUGGUUCCAAAUGUCUCAAGUACCAAAGACAAGGCUAGCUCCUCGUUUUUUGUCAUGUCAAAAAAAUCGUGUAUGAUUGCAGCAAUUUUGGCAAAAUAUUGUUGUACUUUAUAUUUUGAUAUACUGUGAACAAAACAAGUGCCCUAUGAGACCAUCGUGAUUUAUGUA